AUGGCAGACGCCGAGGAACGAUUUCUGGAUGUUGUCCAGCAGGUGUAUGAUAACAAGGACACCACACUUCACUUCAGUUAUCAAGAAGACUUUAAGAGCAUCCCGGCGAGCAUUAAGGCCCUGCGGACCACACUGGAGGUACUGCAUGUGGAUAACAACUACUCUCUUACAUCACUUCCCCCGGCAAUUGGAGAACUUGGACGUCUGCGCUGGCUGAAUGCGAGUUACUGCCGCAUCUCAUCUCUGCCGCAGGAGAUUGGCCGUCUCUCACACCUAGAGCGACUGUACCUGAGCAACAAUCUCUUAACAACGGUGCCGAUGGAGUUGUGGCAGCUGAAGAGUCUGCAGGAGCUCCGCCUCGACAACAACAAACUGCAAGUGCUGCCCGGCGGUGUUCUCUUUCUGCCCCAUCUGGAGACCGUCACACUAGAGAACAACCCGCUGCUGCGGCAGGAGGAAGUCGCCGGCGCGGCACCGGUGAGUCUCGUGCCGCCGAUGGCCUCCGUCGACUGCUCCAACUGCUGCGUGCGGCUGCAGAACUACGAGGUGUUCGUCACCUUUCACAAUCUCGCCGCCCUGCGCUCCGUCCCCUUUGUGCACUGCGUGUGCUCAGAGAUAUGUAAGAAGCACCUGGAACUGCGAUUAGCAGAGUACGACGCCUCACACCCCUUCACAGAACCCCAGUGA